AGGGGCAGGGGAUGGGGCACGGGCAAGGGCAAGGGAGGGGUGUGCCGGUUGUCUUUGACGCGCAGAGUAUGCUUACGAAACGGCUUGGGCUGCUGCAUCCGCUUGGUGGGGGGAGGGUUGCGCUGGAUGCGGUUGUGGUGUUGGAUGCGGAGGGACGCGCAAGGAUGGUGCUGCCUAUUGGCUGGGGGGCCAGGGGGUGCUGCGAUAACAUGGCGAACCGGUGGGAGAAUGUUGUGGGCCGGUUGGUGAGGGGCGUGGAGUGGUUGAGGGGGGAGGGGGUGGAAGGGGAGGUUGAGAUGACGAUGUGAGUGGUUGCAUGUUUUGGUCGAGAUGUCGAGGUGAUAUCCAUUGAGUUUUGCGUGUCCAUUGUUGCUUUUGCAUCUUUCAUCACCUAGGGGUCUUUUGGAUUGUUUUAUUUUCGCUGGAGCUGGGGGGAGGGGAGGAUUGUAACUUUUACGUACUGUUUUUUGUAUUGCUUUUUGUUUGCAGUGUUGUGGCUUCCCGCUCACUCACUUUUCUUGUCUCUGUUACAUAUUCUUUUCUUUUUUCUUCUUCUGCUUCUUCGUCAAUUUCUCCUGCAUCGUUUGUACCAUAUUCUACCAUCCUUCUUUUUCUCCUAUG